UCACUCCCUCCCCUGCGUAUAACCAUAAACCCUUCUCUCUCCCAUUUUUCAUUUCCUCUCUCCGAUCAACAUAAUCCCGAUAUCCCCGUUUUCCGGUAACAAAAAUAUUAUAAAACACUGCAAAUCCCGAUAUUUCCGGAGCUAGCUCAUUUAUACAGAAUUUAAAUUAUUAUAUAAUUCACUAGUGAUAUAGAUUCGAAUUCCGAUGGCGGCUGGGCCAACAUCGCUGACGGAUCACCAUCGACCAGCACCGGUGGGGCCCGCCAUGGUGCCUUUACAAGCGCCACCGAUGAUGAUAUCUGACGCUUUCGCCAAGGACGCGAUUCUCGCCUGGUUUCGCGGGGAAUUCGCCGCUGCCAACGCUAUCAUCGACGCGCUAUGCAGUCAUCUGGCUCAGCUCAAUGGAGGAGGAUCGGAGUACGAGGCGGUGUUUUCUGCUGUUCAUCGGAGGAGGCUGAAUUGGAUCCCGGUGCUUCAGAUGCAGAAAUAUCACUCGAUUGGUGACGUCGCGGUGGAGCUGAGGAAGGUGGCGGAGAUUAAGAAGAGUUGCUCCACUGCUGGUAGUGAAUGUGAUAAAACAGUGGUGAUAAAGGAAGUCUCUUUGGAUGAUGUGAGUGAGAAGAAGGGAAAAGAAGAGAAAAUUAUAGAGAACGGUCAUGUUGACGAUCAUGACGGCGGCGCCGGCGAGGUUGUUGAAGAGGAGGAGGAUUCACCUGCUAGUGAUAUUACUGAUACAGGAUCCCAGGAAGUACAGCACCCUGCCGAGAGCACCGACAACAUAUGUUCUAACCAUGAAGACUGCAAUGCUCGACCUGAUCAAAUCAAAUUAACAAAAGGUUUCAAUGCCAAGGAACACGUCAAAGGACACAUGGCGAAUGUUGUGAAAGGUUUAAAGUUAUAUGAAGACGUGUUUACUGAUUCCGAGCUGUCUAAGUUGACGGAUUUCGUUGAUGAACUCCGACUUGCUGGUCAGAAUGGAGAACUUGAAGGUGAAACAUUUAUUUUAUUCAACAAGCAAGUGAAAGGGAAUAAGAGAGAGCUGAUUCAGCUUGGCAUUCCAAUUUUUGGACAUAUAAAAGAGGAAGCUGCAAGUAAAAAUCCAACAGCAGGCAAUAUAGAACCAAUCCCAGCGCUUCUUCAAGGUGUCAUCGAUCACCUGAUCCAGUGGCAACUAAUACCGGAGUAUAAAAAACCAAAUGGCUGCGUUAUUCAUUUCUUUGAUGAGGAUGAGUAUUCACAGCCUUUCCAAAAGCCACCUCAUUUGGAACAACCAAUCUCUACUCUGCUCCUAGAUGAAUCAAAAAUGGCUUUUGGACGUACUCUUGUGAGUGAUAAUGAUGGGAAUUACAGAGGUCCACUCAUGCUUUCUCUGAAAAAAGGGUCCCUCUUAAUCAUGAGAGGAAACAGUUCUGACAUGGCAAGGCAUGUUAUGUGCCCGUCUCCAAGCAAAAGGGUCAGCAUCACAUUCUUCAAAGUGCGAGCAGAUGCCUUCCAAGGCCACUCACCACCAACUAGUCCCAUGGGUGGUGCCAUGACCCUAUGGCAGCCUGGAACACCAAGCCCAUAUGCAGUGCCUAACGGAGCUCUCGGAGGAUACGAGGCAAUGGAUACAAUGGCCAAAUGGGGAGUCCUUCGUGCCCCAGUGGUCAUGCUAGCUCCAGUGCGCCCAAUGGUGUUGAAUCCUAAAAGGAUGCCUCGUGGUGGUACUGGAGUUUUCUUGCCAUGGACCGUAGGAUCAAGGAGGCCUGCAAAGCACCUUCCUCCACGCGCUCAACGAGGCCGUCUCCUUGCGUUGCCUCCCCAUGAAAGUCGCGUGAUAGAUUCAAGUUCUGAAAAUAUCAGCAUUGAAGGAAAAUAGGCGUGGUGUUAACCUGAGGCAGUCAUGAGGCCAAAGCAAAACUAGUCGACAGUAUAAGUAAAACUCACUACUGCUGUGAAGGAUCUUUUGUCAUUGUACAAACGAAGCUUGUGUGCUGCCAAAAGAGUUUGUUUUUUUCUUUUGAUUCAUUCCUACUUUUAUUACUAGUAAAAUUAGAUUUUAAUGUCAGUCAGUACACAUUUCAUGUAGGGCUUCAGCCUUUAGGUGUAGUUGAGCUUUGUGUCUGAAGAGUGUGAAAUAGCUCUUAGUAAACGGCAGAAUUUUGUAUUAAUUAAAGUAAUUUAUAUUUGAUCUUCUCCAUAGACAACUGAUUGUGCUCUGGUUGUAUUUCUGUAAUUCCUUUCUCCUAAUUGAGUGAGAUUUUGCUAUAA